CCCGUGUCGUACUGUGUGCGCAACACUGUGGAUCGGCCAUUAUAGUCGACUGUGUGCAGCCUCAGCAGCAGCGGACAGGCUCAUGGCGGCAUCGAGGAGAUGGGGGAUGCCAGCCACACAUCCAUCAUCCAGCCGGCGCGACUAGGCAGUUCCGGGCGGGCUAUGGCGGCACCCACCGCUCGCUUGGACGACGCUUGGCCGAAUGUGGGAGCAGAUCAGCCGCUGAAAAGCUGCGCGUCCGCCGCUGAGACGCUGCCCCUGGAUGGUAGCGAUGGCACUGAGGAUGAUGAUGCCGGGCUGGAGCCUCUAGAGCACGGACACAGCAGCACGUCUCCCGGGGAAAGCAAGUCCAUGGAGGAUCCGGUGCACCAUUUCGACGAGACUUUGUCCUUUUGCUUCGGGGAUGUGAGCACAUUGGCGGCCAACGCCGAGUUAGUGACGGACGUCUACCAGGACACGCUUCUACAGGGGGACGAGAUCUGGACCGCCUUAACCAAAAGCUUCGGGCAGGUGAUGCCUUUGGAUUGGCAUCAUUCCCGCACACGCUCCCUCCACAUGCCAUCCAUAUUCAGCGAGGAAAAGAAAGCGACGAGGGAUGUCACGGCGGAGCAGUCGGAUGACGAGGAGCUAAGGGAGCAGUUGGACAUGCACUCCAUCAUCGUCUCGUGCAUCGGCGAGGAGCCUCUUUUCACAGCUGAGCAGGUGAUUGAGGAGUUAGAGGAGAUGAUGCAGGACUCUCCUGACUUUGAAGCACAGCAGAAUCCUUCACAGUCAGACCUUUCCAUGCUGUCUGUGGAUGUGCAGCAGCCCGAUAGAAGCCUCAGCUACCAAGACAGGGUGAGGAUGCUGAACGUAGCAGAGCUAAACGAGAGCUUGGAGGAAACAGAGGCGUCCAUCAGGCGGUUCUCAGAAGAGCUGGUGCAGCAGCUGGCCCUCAGGGAUGAGCUGGUCUUUGAGAAGGAGGUAAAGAACAGUUUCAUCUCGGCACUCAUCGACUUGCAAAACCGACAGAAGGAGCACCGCGAGGCGCUGAAGAAGAAGAAGAAGCUUAAAGGGACAGCUGGAUUGUCGCAAGGAUACAUAGAGAAGACGAUGGGAUCACGUUUCAGCAUGGAGGGCCUCUCUUCCAUUAUCCAAAACAGCUUUCGCCAAACAUUUGGGAGCGAAUGCAGUGAGGGACAGUAUUUGACUACCGUCAUCCCGUAUGAAAAAAAAGGACAUCCUCCUUCAAUCGAGGACCUCCAGAUCCUGAUCAAAAUCCUGCACGCCAUGAGAGAUGACAGCGACAAGGUGCCAGGUCUGCUAACAGACUACAUUCUCAAAGCUCUGAUGUGAGCGACAGCCGGCGGCAGUGCUUUGCCCAAAGUAGCACCGAGGGGAGGAAACCACGUAAGAAGACGGACAUGACAAACCUUUUUUUUUUCCAAGCAUCAAGCACACUUUAUUCAUGAAUCCUUGUCAUGUUUUGUCCAUUUGUGUUUAUUAUGAUGUUAUUCUUUCCUUCCGAAUUGUAUUGUGUCUUCCUUCAAACCAAGUAGCAAUACAAGCGUGCUUGUGCGAUGCAAAGGGCUUUUUGCAUGCAUUACUCACGGAGAAAUGAUCAAAUGUACACAAAGCACAGUGGUGCUCACUCAGAGAUCAACUUGUAUUAUCAACACAGCUGCUGCUGCUUAAUAGUGUAUAUACAGCACUGGGACUGCAAAAAGGCGUACUGUAAACUGAGAAAAAAAAAGAAGAAUGUUCAUGCAUCAGCAGGAAGAUGACAGGGAAUAUUUGCUACCCCCAAGCCUAGACAAGCACAAUCUUCCGCUGUUUGUUUAUCAUCAGUAUUUCCUGCUGUCAUCAUUUUAUACUGUCUAAAACUUUUUUUGCACUGACUCUAAUGAGCUAAUUACCUGAUCGACUAUGCAUAUGACCCGAGCACCGUCAGUACUUUUUAGUGUCUUCUUAGUGCCUGCUGUGCUUGUUUAUAAGGAAUUACCACUGUGGAUGUACAGUAUACAAGCUGCCUUUUUUCUACAUUACGAAUGAGUGUUUUCAAUGAAUGUCCUCUGACCAGACAAUGUGGUAGUUGCUUUUAGUGCUCAUGCAUUUUGUACUAAUGUUCUGCUUUAAAUCUAUUUAUAAUACCA